UUCCCACUCCUUCCUAAUCGUUCCUCUCAAGAAUUCUGUCCCCAUGUCCUGCCUAUUAUUCUUCAUUCUCCAGCUUUCUCAUCAAUUUUCUGGUUUCAUUUGGUUUCGCCUGCCUCUGUUUUUGCUGAUUUAGAUUAAGGUGGCUGAGACAUUGCCACAAUAACGUCCCCCAUCCUAUAUCUCGCGCUCUGCUAUGUUGAGUUAUAUAACCUUAUCAUUUUCUUCUUAAAUUCCUGUCAUGGUGCUUCUGAAUGCGGCGGUGUAGGCUGAUAUGCUUGCAGUAAUAUUCCUGCAAUGGCUGAGAGAAUUGCGGCGUCAUCCAUGAAGGCUGUUUCUCGCAAGUCAUUGUUAUGGUUCUUUACGACGACAUCUACCCUGUUUUUGUUAUCUUGGUUCUUUGUUCUUCGUUCAAGCAGUCGUCCCCGUUUCAUUGAUUCUGAUUUCAUACCUAAUUCUAAGCUCUCAACUGAGUUCGAUAAUUCAACUCUCAAGAACGAUAAUGUAAAUGUUGAGUCCUCCAUCGGCAACCGAGCAAUACUAGUGAACGCUGAAGAGAUAGAAGCGACCCACGAGACAGAAUCACUACCUCAGAAUGAAGCGCCUGCAACAAAUGGCGAUGAAUCCAAGUGCGGCAGGAAAAACGACAGCGUUGUUGUUCCUCUUAAGGUUUUCAUGUAUGACUUACCUCCGGAGUUCCAUUUCGGACUCUUGGAUUGGAAACCCGAAGGAAAUACUGCUUGGCCUGAUAUUUCAACCCAAACGCCUCAUUAUCCUGGCGGCUUGAAUUUACAGCACAGCAUAGAAUUUUGGCUCACCAUGGAUCUUCUUGCUUCAGAACUCCCGGAACCCCCCAAUGCUGGUGCUGCAAUGAGAGUUCGCAAUGUCAGCGAAGCUGAUAUCAUAUUUGUACCGUUCUUUUCUUCUCUGUGCUAUAACCGGCAUUCCAGAACCAAUAGACGCGAAAGAAAGAGCAUGAACAGGGUACUGCAAGACAAAUUAGUGCAGUUUCUGACGUCUCGAGAGGAAUGGAAGAGGUCUGGUGGAGUGGACCACUUGAUAUUAGCUCACCAUCCGAAUAGUAUGUUGACGGCGAGAACGCAGUUAUGGCCAGCAACACUCAUACUUUCAGACUUUGGGAGGUAUCCUCCAAACAUAGCGAAUGUUGAGAAAGAUGUGAUUGCACCAUACAAACACGUGGUCGGAUCCUACGUCAACGAUUCCUCUGACUUCGAUACCCGCCCAAUAUUGCUCUACUUUCAAGGGGCAAUCCAUAGAAAAGAUGGUGGACAUGCUAGGCUGGCACUUUAUAAUAUGUUGAAAAAUGAGAAAGAUGUGCAUUUUUCAUCUGGGAGUGUCCAGAAAGGUGGGAUCAGGCAAGCAACGGAGGGAAUGCAUUCUUCUAAGUUCUGUCUCAAUAUAGCUGGUGACACUCCUUCAUCAAAUCGCCUUUUUGAUGCCAUUGCUAGUCACUGUGUUCCUGUGAUUAUAAGUGAUGAGAUUGAACUACCAUACGAGGAUGUCCUUGACUACUCUGAGUUCUGCAUAUUUGUUCGCACAAGAGACGCACUUAAGAGAAACUAUCUGAUGAAUUUCAUAAGGAGCAUUGGCAAAGAAGAAUGGACCCGAAUGUGGAACAAGCUGAAAGAGGUAGAACCCAUGUUUGAGUUUCAGUACCCGUCAAAGGAAGGAGACGCUGUGCAGAUGAUUUGGCAGGCUGUGGCUCGUAGAGUUCCUGCAAUGAGGCUCAAGUUACACAGAUCCAGGCGCCAUGCACGAUCUCUGUCUAAGAAAGAGAGAAGCUUACCCACAAUGCCUGCACCAGUAAAUUAUUGGCUCGAAAGAAGAAAUAUAAUUGUAAAAAACUCCGCCGCCUAGGUUUUUUGAAAUUAGGGGGCCAAUGAAACUCCGAUACCUGUCUCAACGCAUACAAUCAGUCUUGCCGUUAGUUUCCUGUGUGUCAGCCAACAAGUGAGCACAUGUUGUGACGAAGAAGCUAAUGUUGUACAUGACGUGAGUAAUGAGUUAGUUAGAAUCUCUGUACGUAGUCCUUCAUGCUACAGUUAAAGCGGCCAUGAUGCUCUCUUAUUCUAUUUUAUCAAUCAAUUAUGUUUAUGUAUGAUUAAAUGUGUGUCCUGUUCAUUCAUACGAGUCUAUGGAUUGGUACUUGAAAAUAAGGGGGCUCGCAAUUCUAGAUAAAAUGUUACCCUACUGUUUAUGAUGACUUUACAACAAAUGAUGAGUUCCUACCCUACCAUUGUGAAAUGUCAAUGGAUUGGCAAUUGAUUUU